AUGGUUUGCGAUUUACUUUCUCUAACACUUUUACGUUCUGCCGGGGAUUUGGGUGCAGAUAUUGCAGUAGGUAGUGCUCAACGGUUUGGACUUCCUCUUGGGUAUGGCGGGCCUCAUGCUGGUUUUAUGUCUGUUGCCAAUUUAGCUUUGGCUAGACAAAUGCCUGGAAGGAUUGUUGGGGUUUCUAGAGAUCAACAGGGAAAUAUUGCUUAUCGUUUAACUCUCCAAACAAGAGAACAGCAUAUUCGAAGAGAUAAAGCAACCUCCAAUAUUUGCACUGCUCAAGCACUUCCUGCUAAUAUUUCUGCAAUGUAUGCAAUCUAUCAUGGACCCAAUCGUUUAGUUUAUAUUGCCAAAAUGAUACAUAAAGCUACAUCAUUUCUUUCUCAAACCUUAAAAGCUAAUGGAAUUCAAGUUGUCCAUAAAUGUUUUUUCGAUACAUUAAAAAUCCUUCCAUUAAAUAAGCAAUUAUUUGAUUUGAAAUGUGAGGAAAAAAGAAUAAAUGUUAGAAAUUAUAAUGACGGUUAUAUUGGUAUUUCUUUGGAUGAAACAACUAAAAUUGGUGAUAUUUGUGAUAUUCUUUAUUUAUUUGGAAUUAAUAUUUGUGAGAAAGAAAUUAAAUAUAAAUUGAUGGAAACUUCAACACCUUUAAUUGGUAAUUCUCCACAUUCUAGACAUUCAGCUUUUUUAACUGGACAUGUAUUUAAUAGUUAUCAUAGUGAAACUCAGAUUAUUAGAUAUAUGAAAAGACUUGAAAACAAGGAUCUCUCACUUGUACAUUCAAUGAUUCCCCUCGGUUCUUGUACAAUGAAAUUAAAUGCAAGUUCUGAAUUAAUUCCAAUAAGUUGGCCCAAAUUUGCAAAUAUUCACCCUUUUGUACCUACAGAACAAGCAAAAGGAUAUUCUAAAAUUUUUAAUGAUUUGGAACGCUGGUUGUGUGAACUUACUGGUUAUGAUAAAUUCUCUUUACAGCCAAAUAGUGGGGCUAAUGGUGAAUAUGCGGGUAUGUUGGCAAUUCGUGGUUAUUUCCAUUCUAAAGGGGAAAGCCAAAGAAAUAUUUGUUUGAUCCCUGUAUCUGCCCAUGGAACUAACCCAGCUACUGCACACAUGGCUAAUUUUAAAGUUGUUCCAGUUGAAUCAGAUAAACAUGGAAAUAUUAAUUUUAAUGAUCUCUCUGCUAAAUGUGAUCGUUUUUCUAAUGAAUUAGCAUGUGCAAUGAUUACAUAUCCUUCAACUCAUGGAGUUUUUGAAUCGCAAAUUAAAGAAGUUUGCAAUAAAAUACACGAACAUGGAGGUCAAGUUUAUUUAGACGGAGCUAAUUUUAAUGCCCAAGCAUGCCUUUGCCGACCUGGAGAUUAUGGAAGUGAUAUUUCCCAUUUUAAUUUACACAAAACUUUUUGUAUACCUCAUGGUGGUGGAGGACCAGGAAUGGGACCAAUUGGAGUUAAAUCACAUCUUGCACCUUUCCUACCUGGACAUCCAAUAAUACCACAAAAUGGAAAAAGACUUGAUGGCGUUGUGAGCGGUGCACCUUGGGGAAGUGCCAGUAUUUUGCCGAUUACUUGGGCAUAUAUUAGAUUAAUGGGUAUUUCUGGUCUAAAAAGUGCCUCCCAAAUGGCUAUACUUAAUGCUAAUUAUAUGGCAAAAAGAUUAGAAAAUGCUGGCUAUCGAGUUGUUUACAGAGACGAACAAGGCUUAAACGCUCAUGAAUUCAUAAUAGACUGCAAACCUUUCAAGCAAUUUGGUAUUGAAGUGGAUGAUAUAGCUAAACGUUUAAUGGAUUUUGGAUUCCAUGCACCAACAAUGCAUUGGCUAGAUUUUUAA